AUGUCAAGGUCGCUUCAACUUAAAGAUGAGGGGAACAAAUGUUUCAUGGCCGGCGAUUAUGUCGGUGCCGAAGCACUUUACUCUAAAGCAUUGGCGCAGUUUAGAGAGAAACAGGGUGAUUCUAACAGUUGUUCACCCACAAAUAGCAUCAUCGCAGACGCCAGGAACCCGGCUCUUUACACCAACCGCGCCAUGGCCCGUCUCAAGCUAAAUUACUGGGACUCAGUCGUUACUGACUGCGAAGCUUGCCUCCAGCUCACACCCGAUAACAUGAAAGCUCGCUAUUAUCUUGCCGAAGCACAGCUAGCUCUUCGCGAUUAUGACGCUUCUCUAGAAAGCGCACUGCACGCGCAUAAGCUGUGCGCCGCCACCAACGACCGAUCACUCGCUGCGGUCACGAGUCUUGUUUUGCGCUGCAAGAAGGAGCGCUGGGACGAUCGCGAGAAGAAGCGCAUGCGCCAAGCAAAGGAUCUCGAAAGGGAGGUGCUGGAUAUGUUGACCAGAGAAAAAGAGGCGGCGCUCGCGGAGACAGAGGACGGCAUGGAGAAGCAGGAGAUUGAGGAGGAGACUCAAGCCAAGAUCGAGAGGAUGGAAAACAUCUUUGAAAUAGCAAGGGCGGACGCUGAGAAGAAGAGAGAGAUUCCGGACUGGGCGAUUGACGAUAUCAGCUUUGGCUUCAUGAUUGAUCCAGUUGUGACAAAAACCGGAAAGUCGUAUGAGCGUUCAUCCAUCAUGGAGCAUCUCCGACGGCAUCCAAGCGACCCUCUCACCCGCGAACCGCUUACCACCUCGGAGUUGCGGCCGAAUCUGGCAUUGAGGCAAGCCUGCGAGGAGUUCUUGGAGAACAAUGGCUGGGCUGCCGAUUGGUAGGACGACGAUGUAGUCAUGUACGGUCUCGAUUGAAGGAGUAGAUGCUAGAGCAAGUCCUGCGCCUCAGCAGAAAAGCGACGGAGGCUGAGGACUGCACAAGCGGACGGACCGACAAUACGACGGCCUCUUUAUUCGUCAUACAUAGUGUGUUUGGAGUAUUGGCGUCAAUUGCUUAUUUUGCGAGCGGAUUAUGUGGCAUAGCUCGGCGUCUUGAAAUCUUUUAGUUCAGUUACAAUCAAGGCAUUAUGAUCAUA